ACAUUGUUUUAUGGCUUUAUGCAAAUAAACGAAAAAAGUAAAAUGUUGCCUACACAACCUGCAUGGGCUAUGAAAUCAGAAUAAGCGGCAACUGAUGGAAGUCAAACUCAAGCUUGUUCAACAGGGAGUGCAACGGGAAUGUUCAGCUCUUUUCACCUCCAAUUCAGCGAUUGUCUGGGAUUUUGCAGUGGCCGAAGGGGAUUGCAAUGUUUCUAAGUAACAGGAAGGUGGAUGCUGUGUGCCGCUGCCUCAUUCAGUUCCUGGGAGUCAUUAAAGACCACCAGGAUGUCAGCAAAAACGUGACCAAAGAUUGCUUCGUUGAGCUUGUGAGGAAGAUCAUUGUACUGGGCAGCGCUGCAGCAGAAGGUGCCACCCCAGCCAACAUGAUCAUUGUCAUGGAUGGAACUGAGACCCUGCUGCCAGAGAAGAGGUCGUACCUCCGGACAGAGACUGUGAACGGGACAGUAGAUGUCCAUCAAUGGGUUGAUGGAAGAUUGGAAUCCUGGGGAGCACAGCAUCUUCAUUCAAUAACUCCAGUGUUUUCAGGAACUUUCCUGUCGUUGCCACAGUUCUCCACUGGGUGUCACCCUGCAGGGAAGUGGUUCAGGAAUAAGCUGGAUGGAUUCCAAAUUCUUCAGCAACUGACACAUCUGCAGAAACUUAGUACAGGACUUUCUACAGUUGGGACCAUGGAGACCACAGAAAGGAGUCCAGAACUGACCUGUUAUUCCAUCAACCUGUUCUUAGUGAAUGAAGACCAGAUACAAGGAGAGAUCCAACUGGCCAAACAGAGGCAACAUCAAAGCCUUUCUCUUCAGUUGAACACAGGAACGGAGGAGACAGAGCUCAUCAUUCAGGAUGGUGAUGGGGUCUGUGUUUCCAAAUUCACAGUGACCAGGGACACAGACUGCUGCCGUGUGGGCAGCCAGUCUUUCCUCAUAACCGUCGGCUGUCUGAGUGCUCUCCUGCAGUUCAGGACACAGAGUGAAUUUCAGGUGUUUAACAGGCAGCUGAGACGAGAUGAUGAUCCAGAAAAGAAGCAACAGUCAGUGUUUGACAAGAGAACUGAGGACUCCAUGGCCCUGCAGUACUUCCAGUUUUACGGCUGUCUAUCUCAACAACAGAAUAUGCUGCAGGAUUAUUUGAGAACAGCCACGUAUCAAAAGGCCAUUCUGCUAAACGAAGCCGACUUCAAGGACAAGAUAGUACUGGACGUUGGCAGUGGAUCAGGGAUCCUGUCUUUCUUUGCCAUCCAGGCAGGAGCAAAGAGGGUAUAUGCUGUGGAGGCCAGCCCUGUAGACACAUUCGCAGAGAUGCUUGUAAAGAGCAAUCGUCUUUCAGACAGGAUCAUAGUCCUGUCUGGGAGGAUUGAGGAGGUGUCUUGUCCUGAGGAGGUGGAUGUGAUCAUCUCAGAGCCUAUUGGAUACAUGCUCCUGAAUGAGAGGAUGUUGGAGGGCUACCUUCACUCCAGGAAGUGGCUCAAACCCAAGGGAAUGAUGUUCCCUACGUACAGUGACAUGCACCUAGCUCCCUUCAAUGACGAGCAGCUCUACAUCGAACACUACGCACGUUCUAACUUCUGGCACCAGACCUGUUUUUAUGGGGUUAACCUGAGUGGUCUCCACAGUUCUGCAGUGGAUGAGUUUUUCAAGCAGCCCAUAGUGGAUACAUUUGACAUGUCGAUUCUAACGGCAAAAUCUGUCAAACACUGCGUCAAUUUCAUGGAGGCUAAAGCUGAAGACUUACAGAGGUUGGAGAUUCCAUUUGUGUUUAAACUGCUUCAGUCUGGAUUGAUCCAUGGGCUGGCCUUCUGGUUUGACGUAGCUUUUGUAGGAUCAAAGAUGACUGUGUGGCUGUCCACUGCUCCUAGUGAACCUCUGACUCACUGGUACCAGGUCCGGUGUCUAUUCCAGACCCCUCUGUUUGGCAAAGUGGGACAGACUCUGUCCGGAACUGUCCAGUUCAUAGCCAACACAAGGAAGAGCUAUGACAUUCACAUCACAGCCGUCGUGGAUCAGUCAGGCUUCAAGUCUGGCAACAGUUUGGAUCUAAAGAAUCCUUUCUUUAGGUACGCUUGAUGAUUACCUCUUCAAUCAAAUUCCAGGAGCCUUCAUGUCCUCUGAGUAUUGAAUGUACGUGUAUAGGAUUUCAUUUUGUGUAAUCACAGUCAGGGCCAGACUUCAUGUAUUGUAGAGUGUACAGGGACACCUGGUGGAGAGAAGUGGGUUUGCAGUAUCAAUGCAAUGAAUAGACAUAUCCGUAUUAUAAACCUGUAAUACUUCAAUACUAAUAAAGCUGUGUUAUCAGUAACACUGGGACCUCAUUGUUUCCUUAAACAGCUAAGACGUAGUUACAUCAGCUAAGACGUAGCCCCCAAAUCCAAUU